AUGAUGAAUCGAUUCCGCAAACACAAGAAGGCGAAGGAGCCCGCGGAGGACCAAGAAGCGACAUCACCAUCAUUGAGUCUGAAACCAUCAAAGAAGAAGAUCGUAGCGGAACCCAAACCAGAUUUUGACCUAUCAGCCGCACUGCCCCCGACAGACAACUUCCGCACCAGUCUCCUAAUGCCUAAAUUGUCCGCUCGGUUUAGCAUGCUGAAGGAACAGGACGACCCACUUUCAUUGCUGGGCAAGGCUAGUGAUGAUAGUGUUUUGUUUCCCAAGCGCGCUUCGCGACUCAACUUGUUCGGUCACAACCCUGCUACGCUGGCAGACAUCGACGAAGUUUGCUCUAAUGAAGGUAGCCGACCAUCCCUUGCACUCGACCGCGGUUCUUUCGCUUCCGGUGGGGAUGGCUAUGGUACAGACGAUGACCGAUCCCAGGCGGGCAGUAUGAUGAGCAGAGCCCGUCGCGCCGAGGGCAAUAACCUGUUCGGAGGUCGCCAAAAGAUUUACAAGAUCCCGGUCAGAUCACCAGGAGCAACAACCCCCGAUGCGCCAGAGGCUGCUCGCCGGGGAAUGGGAAAGCCGGUCUAUGACCACGACAUGAACCUAUCCGCUUUCCAGCGGUUGCGCCUCAAGGAGAAGGAAGAGAGGAUGGCGGAGGCCGCCCGGGAAUCUGGAUAUGCCGCCUCGACGGCUUCAUCUAACAGCCGAGCCACAUACUCCUCCACCGCAUCUGGGCCUCUGUCAACAGUUCCAACAUCAACUGGAGCAACCUCGGCCGAUGAGUCACCGAUAAACACAUCCCAAUCUCCAGUGACUGGUUAUCCGUUCCCGGAAACCCUUCCUGAGGCCCCUCGGCCUGGUCCUGCUCCCAUGUCUGCCCCACGCAGUGGUUCGAUUCGCAGCCGUCGUCUCUACGGACAAGGAUUGACCCAGACUGCUCAGAGCCAGCAGAGCUCGACCUUGAACCGUCUGGAAAGUCUGAGUCGCCAGCGUGCCGGAACUCCAGAACUCCCUUCUCUGAACCGCAACUACUCCAGAAGUGCCACCAACCUACGAGAUCGCCUACAAAAGCUUGCAAUUAUCGAGCCGGCUUCUACAUCACAGCCGACCAGCCCUCCUUCGUCCGCAACAUCACCAAAGCCCCGCAUGUCUGGGGAAGCUGCAGUCGGAGACCGUCUCUCGCCAACAGCAGCAACAUUUGGGGCUCCUCCCCUGAGCCCGCCCACAAGUGAGAACGACGAGGUUCCCUCGCUGUUGGCUGCAUCAAUUCACCCAGAAGAUCAUGGAAAGGCUACUGCCAUGGGCUUGUUCAACCGACCUGCCACUGGUUUCGACGAGCAGGCAUUCUCUCGCCGCCAACUCCAAAUGCACCAAGGACGAGAGACCCCGCCUCCGCGUCGUGCAUCACCCCCGCGACGACCUCUACCCGCUGAACCCGUGGGCCGUGCUCGUGGGCUAUCCAAGUCCAGCUAUCGCUCCGGGGCAGAGUCCGCCUCUUCUCACUAUAGUAGUGAUGCGCACCGCGGCAUUGAUCGACCCGGUGUGUCCAGCGUUGAGGCUUCUCCCUUCAAGCCUGGAGUGAGGACUUUCUAUGCCAACUCAUCUGCCAGCGAGUCUGGCGAUGAAGUAGAGAACCCUACUUCGCACGAACUCUCAUCUGCCGCUUCAUUGGCCACCGAGUACGGUCCGCCGCUUCAGCACUCCAGCAUAGCAUCUAACAAGCCAUCGAUUCCCACGAAGGAUCACCUCGAAACGCUUCCCGAAGUGAGAUACUCCGAUCUAGGUGAUCUUAGACCUAUCGCCGAGAACGACCUUGACUUCCCGACUGAUUCUCCCGGCGCCAGCGAUAACACACCCAAGAGACCCGACUCGCCAACCCUGCAGCCAGAUCAAGGCUUUACUGGAGUGGAAGUAAUGAUUAGAUCACACCUGCGCCAGGAAAGUGACAAGUCUUCCAUCUUCCCUCCUCCCUCACCUCGUUUCCCGCAGCAGCAAAGGGAUACAGAGCCCCCUAAGACUGAGACCCAGAAAUCGACUGCCCAGCCACCGACUGCUGUUUCCAUGAUAGCAGAAACCCGCGAAGAGAGUCGGCCAUCGUCAACAAUCCGCCCAGGGACCUCGAGCUCACAAUCUCCUUCUGGAUAUUCCGCGGAGGGCACGGGGUCUCAAAACAGCGAAGAGUCAUCCGCACCUGGAACUAUCCCCGACACAGCUUCUGUAUCAACCGGCCCGUCCUGGAGGGAGGAAUUGGAACUUCAUCAUCGCCGUCAUGGGAGCACUGAAACACAAAGGGAGCGAGAGGAAUUCGCCAUGGAGCUGGCAGAGAGGCGUAAAAAGGUGCAGGAGAAGCUUCGAAGUGUUGCUGAAAGCGAAAGCCGAUCCAACAGCCCCACCCCGGGCCGGUCAACUCCAGAUUUGUCCCGGACUGGUAACGCAUUUGCCAUGCUGAAGCAAAAGUCUAACAAGCAGGCUAGCGCAAAGCCGGAUCAAAAGAAAUUGUUCGGCUAUGCCACUGGUAAUUCGUCCACGCCUGCUCUCUCUUCAGAUGACUCGUGGCGUGAAGAGGAGCGGCCCUCUUUCAGCUUCGGCCGACACUCCAACUCCAGCUCUCCCCACAUUGGAUCAGAGCGUUCGCUUAGAUCUCGUGUGCCAUCUCUCAGCCGCGACAACAGCUACGAAGACACGCGCGAGUCUAGCCGCAGCCGUGGCCCCUCGCCUUUCCGAGACCAGAGAGAUCGUGCAGGUUCGGAUGCAUCCGGCCGGUCUAAGAGUCGAACCAGACUUCGCGAACGGGAUGACCUCCAAACUGUGGACGAGGGUUCAACCAUUGCACAUGACAACUCUGUUGUUGCCGAUGGCUAUGAGCCUCCCGUGCCUGCCUCCCGCCCUACAUCGAGUCGCCCAUCAACAGAGAUGUCUGACUCUAUGAACUUCGACCGCGCCCCCUCCGCCGCUUCGGGCAGAAACCGCAGCACUAGCCGAUCCGGUACAUCAAGCUUCCAAUAUGAACGGCCAUUCCAGUUCUCGCAGUCCAACACUUCCACGAUCAUCGGUGCUUCGCCCCGGCCCCCACCUGCCGCCCCGGCCUACUCUGCCAAUGCCACUCCUCCGCUGAACGAAAUGCCCACAGACAGCUCGUCUACAUCCCUGGCUUCUUCAUCCGGCAACUCGCAGAUUCCCCAACGUGGUUUGGGAAACGGCUCCCUCCUGAAGAGACCCGUGAACAAGAAGCAGAUCUCCGAGCCUACCUUUGUCUCAUCCACAUCAAACGUGCCUCUGGUCGGUCUCCCACCCGGAUCCGCACUGCCUUCAUCCAGUGGCGCACCUCCAGUGCCACCUAUGAACCCUCGCCGUCGCCGGGGAACCGCCACUCAAACCAUCUUGGGUGCGUUCAAGAGCGACAAGACCGACCUUUCACGGGUCGCUUCCCCCGUCCCGAGUGCCGCGGACGAACACAGUUUUUUCCCAGAUGAAGAAAAACGUCCGCGCUCCCGCAACCGUCUCCGCAAGACCUCGAGCGAGGGUGUUAACCUGAACGCGCGGGCGCGCCAGGAAUCGGUGACGGGCACUCCGCCGGCUGUGCCUCAAUACCCGCCUCCGGCUAUCCCCGUCGAUGGAGGCAUGUUCUAA